AUGGCAGCGCCCAGAGGCAACAGGAGACUGGCAGGACACAGGCACUUUGACAGAGGGAUUAACGAUUGGCUGUGCAAAUACGUCUACGAUUACAUUGGGAAGGAUCACGACAACAUCUUCAAGGAGCUCUUGGCCACCAUCUCCACGUUUCUCAUUACCACCCUCUGGCUGGGGCCUUGCGAAAUUGUCUACAUAUGGUCCAUUUGCAACUGCUUCGGCCUCAACUUUGAGUUGUGGGUGCAACAGUUCUUCCAGCUGAGGCCGUUUGCAGAGAAAGAGGCCAACAUGUCUGAGGCAACUUCUCGGAGAAUCAGAAGCAUCUUUGGGGCAGCCAAUUUCUGGGCAAUUGUUUUCUAUAACAUCCUUGCCCUGAAUAGUCUGGAGUUUGCCCUUCUUCUUGCCAAGAGGAUCUUCCUAACUGGUUUUCCUCUUAGCACCUUCUCCAUCUGGUUCAUCACAUACUGUGGUGUGCAACUGAUCAAAGAAAGGGAGCGGAUCCUGGCUAUCAGAGAGGAGGAGAAAGACAAGGAAAAGGCAGAAUAA